AUGUUUCAGGCUGUUCUUUUGGUCUGCGCUCUGUCGCUCAUGAUCCAGACUAUUUCUGGUGCAUGCAUUGGAGUUGGAAUUGCUGAACCUUGUGGCUGCGCAGGAUCACUUGGUCAAUUUAGUAUUUAUGAUGGUAUGAGUACUUAUGGUGCUAGCGGAGGCUAUGGAUCCACUUCUAUCGCUGCAUCAUAUGGUGGAGGUCUUGAGGUAUCAAGCGUUUCUUCAUAUCCAAGUGGAUUGUCAGUUCUUUCCGAAAACACGAUAGAAGGACCUCUCGCAGUUGUUGGCGCUUUGCCAUUCUUGGGAGCUGUGGCUCUAGAAGGUUCGCUGCCAACUGCCGGCGCUGGCGCUGUCAACUACGGCUGCGGAAAUGGAGCUGUUGCUAUACUCGAAGAAAAUGGUCCUGCUGUCAACGCUGCGUCAAUGGGCUUUGGUUCCUAUGGCUAUGGAUUUGGUAGCGUCGAUGAAUAUGGUUGCGGAUUCAGUGGAAUUCCUGGACGUUUCCGGUCUGGUUGUGGAUGCAGUGCUCAUAUUUAAAAUUGACUCUUCUAUUCGAGUGAACAGUGUUAUGGUGAAAUGUGGCAUUAAAAGCAAAAUUGUCAUUUUUGAUACUUUGAAAUAUAUUUUCUACUAAUUA